AUGGGCAAUCAGCUGGUGGCACUAGCACCAUCACAAAUCUUCCCCGUGGAACAUUACCUCACGGGGACGUUCGAGUUUGAGCUGCAGUUUGAGAAAAGCAUGGGCAGCACACGAUUUAUGAAGGUGGCCAAGGUGAAGGUUGAUGAAGGUCCAGCGGUGGUGAAGGUGUUUGUGCGGCACGAUCCAUCCUUACCACUGGAACAACACCUCGACCGUAUCGAGUACAUCAAGAAGCAUCUCGCUAACGCAGUCAACUGUUUACCAUUCCAGAAAGUGCUGACGAUGGAAAAAUCGUGCCUUAUCGUGCGGCAGUACGUGAAGCACAGUCUGUACGAUCGCGUAUCGACCCGCCCGUUCCUAACGCUGAUCGAAAAGAAGUGGAUCACGUUUCAAAUUUUGUGCGCGUUGCACCAGUGCCACAAACAAAAAAUUUGCCACGGCGACAUCAAGCUGGAAAACAUACUGAUCACCUCAUGGAACUGGGUGCUGCUGUCGGACUUUGCCUCGUUCAAACCAACCUACCUGCCGGAAGACAAUCCAGCCGACUAUAGCUACUUCUUCGAUACGAGCCGCAGGCGUACGUGCUACAUCGCACCGGAACGUUUUGUCCGCUCGUCGAGCGGUGAAUCGAUACAGCCAAAGGAUGGACCACUGGUCGGUGACGGGCAGUACUAUGCCGGACAGCUGCUGCCCGAGAUGGAUAUCUUUUCUGCCGGUUGUGCACUGCUGGAGCUGUGGACCGAAGGCACGGCACCGUUUGAAUUUUCUCAGCUGCUCGCCUACCGCCGCGGUGAGGUGGAUCUGGUGCAGAAACAUCUGGACGGAAUCGAGAACGAACGUUUGCGGGAGCUGGUCGAAUCGAUGCUUAGCUUAGACGCGCGCGAACGAAAAUCAGCCGAACUGUACCUGGACCAGGACCGUGGUAAGCUUUUUCCGGAAUAUUUCUACUCAUUUCUCCAGUCGUAUCUGCAGAUGUUUUCCACCGUGCCGGUGGUGCCGGCCGAUGAGAAAGUUUCCCGCCUGCACAGUGAUAUUGGGCAGAUUAUAAAAAUUCUCACCGGAAACGAACGCGAACAAACAGUCGAGCCAGAGCUAGAAGCAUCGGAACCAUCCGACGACGAUGGGUUGAUACUGAUCACGAGUGUCGUGACGUCCUGCAUCCGCGGGUUAAGCUUUUGCCGAUCGAAGCUGCUGUCGCUUGAAAUCCUGCAAGCCCUCGCCGAAAACACCACCUCGGAAACGAUCCUCGAUCGCAUUCUGCCCUACAUACUGCACCUCGCCCAGGAUGCGGCACCCCGGGUGCGUGUCUGUUCACUCAACACACUCACACGCUGUCUGCGUAUGGUGCGCAAGCUGCCCCGAAGCGAUGCGAACGUAUUUCCUGAAUACAUAUUGCCCGCAAUCGCCUCGCUCGCCACCGACUGCUCCACGUUCGUGCGCAUGACGUACGCAAGAAACAUUGCCACACUGGCCGACACCGCGGUUAGCUUUCUCGAGCAGUCACAGCAAAGCUGCACCUCGGAAAACAUGCCACCGCCGCAUUACGAGACCGAGCUCAGUGCGUUGCACGAGAUGUUACACCAUACGGUACUGUCACUGCUAACCGACCCACAGUCAGCCGUGAAGCAAACCCUUAUGACGUCCGGAAUUACGCAGCUGUGCGUGUUCUUCGGUCGGCAGAAAGCGAACGAUGUCAUCCUGUCGCACAUGAUCACGUUCCUGAACGAUAAGGAAGAUCGGAAUUUGCGUGGAGCAUUUUUCGACUGCAUCGUCGGUGUCGCGUCGUACGUUGGGUGGCACUGUGCACCGAUGCUGCUGCCACUGCUCCAGCAAGGUCUCACCGAUCCGGAGGAGUUCGUCAUUGCAAAGGCAAUCCAUGCCACCACGGUGCUGAUCGAGCUCGGUUUGAUCCAGAAGCAGGGCACGAUCGAGUUUAUCGACGAGUGUGCGUGCUAUCUCGCCCAUCCGAAUCUCUGGAUCCGGCACGAGGUGGUCGAACUGAUUGCGACCGCCGCCCGCAUCCUUACUGCAAUCGAUGUACAGUGCAAGGUGCGACCCGCGAUAGCGGCUCAUCUGCGUUUUCCGCUCAUUGAAAUCACCUGUCCGGAGCUGCUGCUCGACUGCUUGCUGCCACCGAUACCGCGCAACAUCUACGACGCGGUGCUGCGGUACGGGCCCGACAUUACGCCACUGGUCGGUGUGCUUUGCGAGCGAAAGAUGGCAAGGAAUCGCAAGCGCACGACCGAAUCGGAACCGGCCCAACCGGUGCAGACACCGAGCAACGAUGGGCAGAUGGCACCGGCCAUACAGCAGCUACUGCGCCGCCUCACCACGGAAGGUUUGACGGAACAGAUCGAGGAGCAGCUGCUGGCGAUGCGUGCCCAUCUGAUGAAACUGCACCACUACAAGCUGGCAGAGAUCCGGCACUCGCACCAACCGUCCGGACGGAUCGUGCUCGAAUACUACCCGGACGUGAUGGGCGAGGUACAGCUUGCGACCGAAUCGACGAUUCAUAUGCUCAGUGCGAUUGAUUCGCAUUCGCCCUCACCGACAUCACCGACUGCUAGCGAACUCACCAUGGCAGGUACGGUAAUACCAGCCCCGACGGUAGCCGCAACCGGCGCAUCCGUACCAAUGGCCGCCGUAGCCUCCGCUCUCCCGCCAACCGUGCACCAUUCCACACCCACCUCCAGCCUGGUGGAAUACAGCCUUCCCGAGCGAACGACCGGCUACCAGGAGCGAAUGUCCGACUGUCGGUUGGAAAUGGAAGCGUUGGUAGCGAAGUUACGAACCCGGUUCGCCACCUACCAGCGGCAGCGGGAAUUACGCGAAUCGAACCAAGCGAUGCCACCACUGCCGCCAGGUUGGCACCUCACCGGUACGCUUGUUGCCCAUCUGGCCGAACAUAAGGCCGCCGUUAGCCGGAUGGCAGCGCUGAAACCCCACACCGGCUCACUGUUUGCGAGUGCCUCGAUCGAUGGGACGGUACGGCUGUGGGACUGCAACAAGCUCGAUGGCCAGCAGUCGGUGAAUCGGUCGAGACAGUCGUAUCAUGCCAACACACCCCUGCAUGCGGUGGCCGCAUGUGAUGCUGGACAGUCCCUAGCGGUGGCAGGCAAGGACGGUACGCUGUUGCUGCUCAAGAUAGACACCAACUCGAGCAAGAUGGCACUGCAGCAGGCCCGCCAUUUUGAGGCGGAUACACGCUAUUCGACCACGACCACCGCAUCAACCGGUGAGAUUGGACCGGACGAUGGUCCAGUGGUGGAGAUGCAUCCCCUCGACCAGGGCGCUCAGAGUGUGAUUGUGUACGCGACACUGUACGGCGCGCUUGUCGGUUGGGAUAUUCGCAUGCCGGACUACGCGUGGCGUCUGCAGAGCGAUCUACGCAGUGGCGUCAUCACCACGUUCUGUAUCGAUCCGUCCAGCUCGUGGCUGACGGUCGGUACGAGCAGUGGACGGCACGUCUGCUGGGACCUACGCUUUCAGCUCCCGAUUGCAGAGAUUAAACACCCGCACGAUGCCCGCAUACGACGCGUUUCGCAUCAUCCGACGGAAUCUUCCUGGCUGGUGUCGGCCUCGCAGGGCAACAGUGAGGUGUACGUGUGGAACAUUGAAACCGGCCACCGGCAGCAGGCCUACUGGGCCAGCUCAAGCCCACCGCUCUCAAACAGCAACGCUUCGUCGCACUCGGUCUGUGCGCUGCUGCCCGGUAUUAACGAUGGCAAUCCGUUCCUGCUGACCGGCGGUACCGAUCAACGGUUGCGCUACUGGGAUCCGGUUAGCAUCGAAAACUGUGCACUUGUCGUACCAUCAGCACGGGAUAACCUGGCCUGCAUCUUCUACUCCCACAGAUCCCGACUAAUCGAUGGUACCAAAGUAAUUUCGGAAAACAUUGGCACUGGUGCCAGCACCGGCACCGGGCCCGGUGAGCGUGGAACCCGUGCGGAUGACGAUCAUCGCGUUGGGCCGGAAAUGCCGGCCCACGGUCACAAUGACGUUAUCAGCGAUCUGCUUAUGUGCCGCACGGCAAAGCAAACGUUCGUCGCAUCCAGCAGCCGGGAUGGAGUGAUCAAAAUCUGGAAGUAA